ACAACCAGUGUUCUUAACUGCUGAGCCAUCUCUCCAGCCCCUUGGUCAGUGUUUUCAUCACAGCAAUAGAAGAUAAAUACCACACUAACCAAGACAUGUCAAAAAUGGGAGAACACAACCUGGGCUGGUUUCCAUGACAACUUAAGCUCUGGGACUAUUCUACAGCUCAUAUAGCAUGAUCACUGGGAGUGUCCUCUCUGGAGCUGGACCACGCCACAGCCAUCACAGGGCUCUGGACACCUCUCUGUGCACCUGCUAUUCUUCAUAUAAAGACAAUCAAGUAUGCCUAGGGUUGCUUUAAAUGAGUAAAUCCUUUUACAGUACUUUCUAAGUUCCCCAAACCAGCUAGUACUACAUUCUCAAUUCCCUGAGUCCUGGAACAAGUGUACGCCAUCAUGCACGGCAUGGUUGGUUGUUGUUUUUGUAUGGUUUUGAGACAGGGUAUCGCAUAGGCCAGGCUGGUCUCAAGCUCACUAUGUAGCUGAAGAUUACUUUAGACUCUUGAUCCUCCUGAAUGCUCCGCCACCAUAUCUGGUUCAUGUGGUGCUGAAGAUCAAACUCAGGGCUUCAGACAUGCUGUGCAAGCCUCUGUGGAGUCACCUUUCCAGGCCUUUAAGGCUUUUUUCUUUCCUUCUUUUCCCUUUUUUUGGCUGGCCUGGAAUUCACUAUGUAGCCAGACCGGCCUCGAUCUCGUGGCAAUCCUCUUUCCUCAGUCUCCCAAAUUCUGGGAUUACAAAAAUGAGCCAUCACCCAGCUUGUUUUUAAUCUUUUUUUUUUUUUGUCUUUUCGAGACAGGGGUCUCUCUGUAACCGCAGCAGCUGUCCUGAAAGUCACUAUGUAGACCAGGCUGGCCUCGAACUCUCAAAGAUCCACCUGCCUCUACCUCCCAAGUGCUGGGAUUAAAGGCCUGCGCCACCACGGCCGGCUUAAUCCAUUUUUUAGGACUAGGCAAAACUGUCUCUGAGAAGGCAAAGUCAAAACACUUGGGCUUCUUAUUCUCCCACCACACACCAAUACACAACUUAGCAUGGGGGCUGAUGCGUACAAAAAGGACUCAGCAAUAAGUAUAUAUUUGGUCCGGGCGUUAUUAAUCACCGAUAUUUAGUAAGCAAUGGGUCGGACAUUCUUGUGCCUUCCUUGUAGAUUAAAUCACUCAAUCCGUCCCCAAAGGCCAGAGCUGGGAACUGAGACAUCUCCGGUUUUAAAGGGAAAAUGAAGCCCAAACCGGCUAAGGAACAACUCUAAAUUUACAGAAUAGCAUGUAGCAUAGCUAGCUACACCCACACACCCCGCUGACCGCCCAAGUGCAGCUAUGGCGUCUCCGCUUUCAUGAAAAGCAUUAUUUCUCACCACGCACAGCACACAGAGCAAUAGCUCAAAAUCUAGACCUGCGGUUAUGGGGAGGGAAAAAACGGGCUACUCUGAACAACUUUUUUCUGCAACCCAUAAACGUGACAUUCAGAGGAGGCUGUGUCCUGCAAGAUCUGCGCCCGGUAGGCCAGAGUCCAGAUGAGGAAAGCGAGAGCGGGCUGCCAGCGGCCGCAGAAACUCCACGGUCCACCCUAAGCGGUAGGUCCGCCCCGGCCCAAGCGGGCCCGCUUCCACCUCGCACAGGGACUAGACUGAGGCGUAGCAGCGAUGGCGACCGCCACGGGCGAGACCGGCUACUUCCAGAGGGGCAGCCUGUUCUGGUUCACGGUCAUCACCCUCACCUUCGGAUACUACACGUGGGUUGUCUUCUGGCCCCAGAGUAUCCCUUAUCAGAGCCUUGGGCCUCUGGGUCCCUUCACAAAGUACUUGGUGGACCACCAUUACACCCUCCUACGAAACGGGUAUUGGCUUGCCUGGCUGAUCCAUGUGGGAGAGUCUUUAUAUGCCAUGGCAUUAUGCAAGUAUAAAGGAAUCACGGAUGGCCGUGUUCGGCUCCUCUGGUUCCUGCAGACUUUCCUGUUUGGUAUAGCAUCCCUCUCUAUCUUGAUUGCUUAUAGACCAAAGCGUCAAAAAUGCACUUAAAA